AUGCACGUAAUCAAGGAAACUUCCGUCUCCAGCGCUUGCCAGCCGGAGAAGGUACAGCAUAGCACCACAGGCUCUCCAUCAGGCGAGGCUGACAAGUACCGGCUGAGCUUAUCCUUCGCAGAUGAGGAUAGGGUCGCUCCUUUGCCAUCAAGGACGGCAGAGGUGCACGUGGACUGCCAAGAUAAUGUGUUUGCCAACCUGACGUGCACUCAAUGCCGUAGACCGGUGAAGAUGGAGUUGAUGUUGGCAGAUCGACAGCAGGAGCUUUUUGAAGGUGCCGCCAGUACCAGGCAUGCAUAUGCUGCCGUGCUCGCCGACGGCACUGCGAAAAGCUUUCUGCAGGCUUGGAUCCUCGGCCUGAGCCUUGCGAGUUCUGCUAGGAGCCGGGAGUACCCGGGACGGGUGCUCAUCCACAGCCCGGCAGUGCCGCGCCGUGUGGGAGCUUACGAGCGCACCGGUGAGCUCUUGGCCACAGAUCUUCAGCUACCCGUUGUGGUUCUAGCGCUCGGCGCGGUGGUGCUGAAGGGCUUGGAGGAUCUCUUUGAGGCCGCCCCAGCAGUAAGCCCGGUCAAGGGCUUUCCGGUCAUGGUUCUGCCUUGCAACCACCAGGUCCUUCGUAGGAUCUCCUCCGAGAUAGCCUACAAAGCUCAGACUGCAGCCUUCCCCCCAAAGAGGGCAGCAGAGCCUGGCAAAGCAUUUGUAGAAGACGAUUUUGACAAGUACCUGACCGACUUCUUUCGCACCUUCUUCCAGCAGGACCUGCGAGAGUUGCCGGCCGAGGUCUGUGAGGUGUCAACGACCUCCGCCGUUCCCCAACCAGAGCCUCGUGUCCUUUGCAGUGCGCAUCUGUGGGCUGGCUUCGAAGAGGCUGUGAGAAAGCCAGAAACUGCAGCGGCCCCUUCAGGUGCACAAGCAAUCCUCCACAAGCUGUCCGAUCAGUCGAAGGUUGAUAUUUGUCAGGUUUUGGCAGCUGUCAGGGGAAAGCAAUGCAUGGACUGUAGCUUCUUUGACGACAAGGGAACUCUGGAUCCUGUGGAUGGUGGAUGGCGUUGCCGAUUCUGUUGGGAGCAUAUGCUCCUAGAUGCUGCGCUGCGCGAUCCUGACUCCAUGCUCAUGCCCCUCCAUGAGCUUGAGACUUUGAAGACGGAACUCGGGUUAUUUUUUGUCCCUGGAGGAAGGCAGCGCUGGAGCUGGCAAGAAGGGGACCGGUACAGCAGGUGGAUCGAAUUCCGGCCAAGUGGUGUUCUCUGGCACAGCCACAAUCAAGUCGGUUCCUGGGAGCAGUGGAUGGAUCGUGGCAGGCUCCAGCUUGCCAUACACCUUGUCAACUGGACUCGGGACGGCCAGAGGCUCCCUGAAGUGCGUUACCUCUUCGCGCUGUCCCAUAAUCCGUCUCCGCACUUUCAGGAGUAUUCCUGCGAAAACUUUCGCCCACUCGGCUUCGCACCGGCUGAGCGCAGGCACAAGGAGCGAGCGAAGGUGGCCUUGCACCCAACCAGACGCUUCCAGCCAGCACCAGAGCCUGUGGAGCCUGUGAAGCAAAUUGAGCCAUCAGAAAGUCAUCCUGAGCCGGAGCCUACGCAAGCUAAGCUCACAGAGCCGCCAGUGGUUCAGAACGGAUUGGCACAUUUCAAGGUAAGCUGCACCACUCACACGGAGAGCCGAGAAGAGGGGCCAGAAACCGAUGAGAUUGUGCCUUGCAAUGGUAAGCAGGAUCCAUGCAAGCCUCCAAGCACAGCUAGAAAGGAGCUCGCGUACGCUUUGGGAAGAUGA